UAACCAAAAUUUAGAAAUAAAUAUGGUGAUAAUGGUGAGAUGGUAGAUGAGUUUAAAAGGGGCAGCGCCAACGACAAUUCCACGCCUUUGCCCAAUCCGACACUCACAGGGAAUUAAUAAUAAUAUCUCCCUCUGGCGCUGGCUAUGCUUUCCAAAGGCAUUAUGGAUGUGAGACUUGGGCUCUUAUUCCUCUUUGUAUUGAGUGCAAGCUGGGUUUGCGAUGCUAGACAACUAGAAGCCGCUCCGGUAGUACUCUCUGGUGCAUCAGUUGUGCAGACAAACCAGGGGCAAGAUGAGGAAGUAGUAGAAAACAUUGUUUGGAAGGACAAUGUGUGCACAGUGUGUGAGGAAUUUGCUACUGAGGCAAUUAAUUUCCUUUCACAAAACAAGACCCAGACUGAGAUAGUUGAGGUGCUUCACAAGAGUUGCUCUCGUAUUCCUUCUUUUGAGCAGCAGUGCAUCACACUGGUGGACUACUAUGUUCCUCUCUUCUUUGUGGAAAUCUCUUUGAUACAACCUGAAGUUUUGUGUAAAGAGGUCAACCUAUGUCAGAAAUUUGCACUUAUCUCUACACAAAUCCGUGAAGAUUGCUGUGGGGUGUGCCACCAUGCUGUUUCAGAAGUACUAACCAAAUUGAAAGAUCCUGAUACACAGCUGGAGAUAAUUGAGCUCCUUUUGAAGGGUUGUGAUUCAGUGCAGAACUACGUGAAAAAGUGUAAAAGCCUAGUUUUCGAGUACGGGCCUCUGAUCCUUGCGAAUACAGAGAAUUUUCUGGAAACAACUGAUGUUUGCACCAUACUCCAUGCCUGUAAUGGUGCGAAGCAAACACUGGUGGCAGAUUCAUAAUUGUAGCCUCAAACCACAAGGAAAUGCUGUUUGUAAAAUAAGUAUUUAUAUUGCUCACUGAUGUGCAGUUGUGCAAUGCAUAAGAAGUAUAAACAUUGAACUGAUUGUAAGAUAUGAAAUGCUCGAAUUCGAUUGCUUCUCCUAGUUAUCCAAAUAUCUGCUAGUAACAUAAUAA